UCACAAGAAACAAAGACACGAACGAACCACUUAGAGCUUUCUGCGGCGCCCUCUAUCAUUGUCGUCGUCUCGGUUUCUUCCCUUCUCGUGGCAGAUGAGGUUGGAAGGUCAGAAACCGAACCGUCUAACCCACACAAACACAACCCAGAUACUAUAAUUGACUAGCACUUUUUUGUUUAUUCCUAAAUACAUGGACACUGAUGCCACUGGAGAUCCUGUUGACAAGCUCAAGGCUAUCCAGAAUGAUGAUGUAGAAUAUCAAGACGAAGAUGAUGAUUUUGAUGACGAAGAAGAAGAAGAAGAUGACCCUAUUACUCUUGGUUUCGUUGACAAACCCAAGAAUGAAUGGUCUCUUCGCCGUCAAUAUUUCCCAAGCAAAACUGGUGGAGUCCCGGCUUGGCUUGACCCUCUGAAUAUACCAUCAGGGAGAUCAUCUGUGUGUGACAUUUGUGGAGAUCCUUUACAACUCUUGCUUCAGGUUUAUGCACCAACUGACAAGGAAACCACAUUUCACCGAAUGUUGUUUGUUUUUAUGUGUCCCUCCAUGAAAUGUCUUCUUAGGGAUCAGCAUGAGCAAUGGAAACGCCAUCCAGAGAAGCCAUCUAGAAGUGUGAAGGUUUUCCGUUGUCAACUACCCCGCAUUAAUCCAUUUUACUCACCUGAAUGCCCUCAGUAUAAUGAGAGCCACGAACCUGCUGGCAGUGGAGCUGCUCUUUGUGAUUGGUGUGGCACCUGGAAAGGAGACAAGCUUUGUAGUAGUUGCAGACAAGCACGGUAUUGCUCUGAGAAACACCAGGCUAUGAGUUGGCGCACAGGGCAUAAAACUGCUUGCCAACAGAUGAAAGUUUCUUCACCUGUUUUUGGACCCAACAAAAGUGGAACCACCUCCUUGGAGUCUCAUAAAGUUGGAAGCAAGAAUCUGUGGCCUGAAUUUGAGAUCAGCAUUGAAGAUGAAAGUGAAUAUAAUAGGGACAUAUCUGAGGAAAAUAGCUUAGCUAAUUCCUUGAUCUCUAGGAACAGGAAUGAUGACACAAUGAAUUCACUUAUGGAUAACUUUAAGGGUGAUGAUGACAAAAAGAGCUGGGCCUCCUUCCAGGAACGCAUUGCCGAGGCUCCUGAACAAGUGUUGAGGUAUUAUAGGAAUACUAAUGCCAAGCCAAUAUGGCCUGUUUCAAGUGGUCGACCAUCCAAUGCUGAUAUCCCUAAAUGCAGUUACUGCAGUGGACCAAUGUCUUGUGAAUUUCAGAUUUUGCCACAACUGCUCUAUUACUUCGGCGUUGACAACGAAGUGGACUCUCUGGAUUGGGCUUCAAUUGUGGUGUAUGCGUGUGAAGCCUCUUGUGAAGCAAGUUUGCCUUACAAAAAUGAAUUUGCUUGGGUACAAAUUUAUUCACUUUCCACAACCUUAUAGAGAAAUGUCUUUUUUUUUUAAUUUUUUUAUAUAAAUUAUUAUCGUUUUUAAAUUUUGGGCUCAGAAGUAUAUGUUAUUCUUCGUUUGACUUGGUGGAAGUAUGAGGAAGGAUUUUCUUUAUCUACUUCAACUAUCAAUUUUGAGGAUUGGCUGUUGAUUGUGUAAUUUAUAGGAUAGGCUUGAUUAGGAUGUGUACGUUUUUCACUGAAAAAAUGAUAAUUAAUUUUGCUACAAUGAACAAGGUUGUAAUCAAGUUUCACCGUCUGAAUUAAAAUAGAAUUAGGUUGUGAGACA